UUAAUCAGACCUUGUAACACAACAAAAUGUGUAAAAAGUCAAGGGGUGUGAAUACUUUCUGAAGGCACUGUAGAUCCAUGAUUGCCUUUGGCAGCUAACUGUAUUCAUAAAGUGUGUAUUGUGUACAUUAAAAUGUGAGUAAGUGAUUUGAUUGGUUCCUCUCUGCAUUCCCUCUCUGAGCUUGGAGCCCACCUCUCUUUCAUCAAAUUUACAUGACCUAUCGCUGUUGACAUCCAUAACGUGUUGCGCUGUGGGCUACGAGGUCUCCCCCACCCGUCCAAUAUAAAUACAGGGAUAGCACUUGCCAAGGCACACAACUUCUGCCCUUUUUCCACUUGAAACAGAUCUCUACCGGCGUUACAGGGAUCUAAUAUCCUCCGUCGCAAUGAAAGGUGUGAGGACUAUUACAGUUUAUGCACUUGCUCUUUUACUUCUGGCAACGCUCGUCUCCCAUUCGUGGAGCGCACCGAAGGGCAGUUUCCAGAGGAGAAAUUGGUCGCCUCAGGCAAUGCUGUACCUCAAGGGCACCCAGGGACGGCGGUUCAUCAGCGAGGACAGAAAAGAAGGAGACGUAUAUGACACAUUACAUUUAGAGACUCGCAGUCAAAACACAGAGAGACUCAGUGUGAACCAGGCAGCCACAGUCCUGCUCAACUUCCUGCGGCAAGCCAAGGAGGACAGAGAAGAACAUCUUGAACAACUGUACUUUCAAGACUUGCCGGCAUGGAAAAGAGAGUACUUCUGAUGCGUUUCAUAAUGUAUUUAUUAUUGUUGAUAACAUUAUAAUCUAUUGCAUCUGUUGAUCUCUUGUUGGAUGUCAAAUAUUUAAUGCGAUGUGAGAAAAACACUGGACUCUAAGUACGGCUACACUGAAAAUGUUUGAAUGUAUUGUUUAAUAAAAUGUGGAAUAAAAUGAUUCAGAAUUCAUAGCC